UUGUGAAUAAUGGAUCGAGAAUUGAGUGAAGAAGAACUGCAGGAAUUGUAUGCAUGGAUUGAUAAAAUACCUCUGUCCCGGCCCAAAAGACACAUCACAAGAGACUUCAGCGACGGAGUGAUGGCUGCUGAAGUUGUAAGACAUUUCUUCCCAAAGCUUGUCGACCUGCACAAUUACAUCCCUGCAAACUCCACACAGCAGAAGCUCAGUAACUGGAACCUUCUAAACAGGAAGGUGUUUUCCAAGCUGAACUUUCACAUGCCUGAGGAGACGGUGAAGAAGAUUGCACUGAGCACUGCAGGAGUGAUCGAGCCUGUGCUGAGCGCCCUCAGGGAGAAGAUAGACAAGAAACUGGAGCACACUGCUGACAAUAUACUGAUUUUGGAAUAUUAUGACACCAGGAACCAAGAGAAACAUCACACAGAAAUUCAUCAGAAUGAAGCGAAACAUCUGGUUCAAAUGGCAGGAGAAGCAAUGAAAAAAGAAGAAAAGACUAGACUGAAAAAUGGAAAACCGCUGUACACGAUGCCGACAUACUCAGACAUGGACCCUAAUUUACGACUAAUCCUGCAAGAAAAGGAGCAAGCUGUGAUGUCUUUGCAGGAGACAGUGGAGAUCCUCCAGAUGAAAGUCAACAGGUUAGAGCAUCUCGUUCACUUGAAGGAUAUGCGCAUUGAGGACCUGACGCGGCAUCUGGACACAUACAAAGCCAAAGGACAAACACACUGA